UAAACCUCUUGGCGUAGGAUUCUCGAUGAAACCAUGCAAGGCUAGUGAAGCCCGAAUCAACCAAAGAUCUCCUCAUGUUGCAUCACACGCGGGGACCUGGCUGGGAGAAGCCCCCAUCCAGUUUGGCAUCUCUUUUAUCCAUGCGAGGCCCCGCCGGGCAAGCAAAUCGAUCAUCGCCAUUCUCCGUUGUGCAUUUCUCUUCCUGUUCUCUUUCACGUGUGGUUCCAAACGGUCGGGUCGCGGUGUUCAGGUCGCCAAGCAUCAUUCGCUUCUUCACUGCGCAGCCUGCCACCCAUGGCAGCUUCGAAAGGUCUGGGCUCGCUCGGCCUGCUCUGUGCCGCUGCUGUGUCGACGUUGCCGUCCAUCUUUCUAUCCGCCUCGCUCUACCCGGCCGCCGUUAGCGCGGCGACGGAUGAUUCCUUGCUCAUCGACUGCUACCGCUGGGACGGGGCCGUCACGGCGAACAACACCAAGUGUCCCAAUUCCAAUGCCUGCUGCGGACCGACGGCCACGUGUCUCUCGAACCGCCUUUGCGCCAAUGUCGGGGACGGGCCGAACCUCUGGGUUCGAGGGCCUUGCGCAGUGGAGGGCUGGGAUGCCGAUUGUGCCCAGAUCUGCAAGUACAACGAGACCACCGGAAUAUUCCCCCGCGUCACGCCGUGCGGUGAUGGCAGCCUCUGCUGUAACGACGAUCCGCAAUGCUGCCAGAAUGGAAACGGGAUAUUCCUAGACGAGAGCGGGAAUAGGGCUUCUGCGAAGGCGACGGCCGCCACCACCAGCUAUCCCCCAGUCAGCGACGGUCUCCAGCGCUUCACCGUGACUCCGUCGACCAGCACGACGAGCACCACCAGCACAACCAGCACAUCUAGCACCAGCCCUUCCGACGAGUCAUCCACAGCAGGCGCCGGGGCAGGUGCGGCAACCUCGUCCCCCUCGAACACCCCCACACCCGAGCCCUCCUCGGACUCGGACGACUCGAUGGGGCUAAAAGUCGGGCUGGGUCUCGGGAUCCCGCUUGCCGUCAUAAUAACUGCCCUCGUCGUCUAUUUCAUCCUGCGCAAGCGAAGGCACCGCGCCGACGAAGCCGUACCGGACCAGCAGCAGUACCCCCCCUACACGGGAGAAAUGGCCCCGACAAGCGGCUACCCUGCGAGCGGCUACCCAUACUCGGCGGGGACGGUCUAUAGCGGCGCCACGAAGUCGCCCGCGUAUCCACCGCCGCAGAAGUACCAGCCCGUGGAAAUAAUGGGGCACAGCGCGACGGAAAUGGACGGGAGCCAGUACGGGCCGCGAGAGCGGUAUGAAUUGAGUUAGCGCCCUAGCGGUGUUGGUCGUAGUAAUGAAUAAACGGGCAUUUUAUCACGCGGCUGAUCCCCAUCGUGAUGUGACGAGAGUUACUGAUAUGUUGUCCGUCGCCGUUGGAUUCAAUGAGCACCCCUUCUCAACGAC